AUGCAAAGUUAUACAUUGGUCUGCUUGAUUCUUGUGAUUGCAUUAACUGAAGGACUGUUUUUCAGCUCUAAACCGAAAUGUCCGAUAAAACAAUACAAAUCAAGCAAAUACAUAGUCGGAGAUAAACUCUUAGUGCACGAAGACUUCUAUGAGCGUGUGAAAUCAUUAGAAGAUGUUGCAAAAGAUUGUAAAGUUCGCAUCUAUGUCAAAGGAUCCUACUACCAAUUACCAAACCCUUCACAACAAGUAUUGGUAUCCGAUGCAGAUCUAGUUAUCGGUCAUGGCUUUCAAUUCGAAGUUCGAAAUGAAAAUAAUGCACUUUUGUGCAAUAAAAUCUGUCUUUCGAAAACUCCAACGGACAUGGCGGAAGUGAAAUGUUUAUUGCAAGGUGUCGUUAAUCGUGGUUUAACAUGGUCACGAUACUAUCCCGAUGUGAUUAGUGAUGGUACCUAUGCUUCCAAUACAUAUGGAUACCAAACAUUGAAAACUGACAUUCAAACACGAUGUGAAAAGGAGAAAUUCAAACGGCAACUUCUUCGAGCUCUUCGUCAAAUGUACGAAGAAGAUGAACAAGAUUCCAAUGACCAAGAUGGCGAUGAUGAGAAGAAGAAAUAA